CCUCGUUCACUUUGAAACGGCAUAACAGUGUAAACGUUGAACCAUUUCAAUGCGUGAGACAGAGUACAAUAACGAGAUGAGUUUAAUAAAACGGAGAAAACGGAGUUUCAAGGGAUAGGAAAAAAAGAAAAAAAAGAAAAAAAAUGGAAAAAGUGGAGGAAAAAGUGAGUCAGACGCAGAAAAAGAAAAGGAAAGGAAAAAGGAACGUGGUCUGUGCCAAAUUUCGAACGGAUUGGUGGUCGCCGUCGGAUACGAGCCAGAGGCGAGAAAUCGAUUUGUCGUCCAACUUGUUGAGGCGCGAAGCAACAGUUUGCCUUUUAAACGCCUCUCCUGUUCUCCACGAUUCCUUUCAUCCUCCUCCUCCUCCACUGAUUUUUAUUUUCGAUUUAUUCUUUCUCCACCUCUCUCGUAUUAACAACAACUCGGCAAGGAUGUAUAAACUUGAUUUACGUUUUCGUGGAAAAAGUCGAUUACGUUUCAGAUAGUUGCGUCGCGAUUAAUCGCCCCCCUUUCGCGUUUGUUGCUACUUGGUUAAGUAUGGAGUUGCAUUAUUAAGUUGUCUCGAAGAUACGAUCGAGCUAUUCAUUCGGCGGAACUGUGCUAUUCCGGUCUGUUCGGUCUGGCAGUAGCGGUACUAAUUGCUUCUCAAAGUGGAAACUAACUUUGGGAGAAGCGAGAGAGUUGCCGUGGCGCGGCGGGGGAGUGGGUGGGGGCGCGGGCAAAGGUUGCCGGAAAUCCGAUCUGACGAACACCCUCUUCAAACGAUUCAUCCGUUGGACCGGUUACACCCUGCGUAUCCGAUACUUGUAUUGGAUAUUCCUCCAAUUACUUUUUCCCUUCGACGAGUAAAAAUUCGAGAAAGAAUCAAUUAAGAAUCCAUUAACGAAACUUCUCUUCGUUUAUUUCUUUUUUUUUUUUUCUUUCCAUUCCUCGGGAAUAAAUAAAUUGAACCGCUUCUAGAUUUUUUUUUUUACGUACACAAGAUUCUCUCAAAAGAAUAGAAUAAUUUAAUUAAAAAAAAAAGAGAGAGAGAGAGAGAGAGGAAUGUUCGAGCUAAUGUGAUUCAAGCUUAUUGGGAUAGAAAAUAUGGAGAAUAAUGGGGUCGGUAAUCGAGUCGGUAGGGUGCAUUAACUCUCGAGUAAAAAUCGAGAAUUGAUACCGAAAGGUGUCAAGAGGCGAAUCAUAUAGAGUGUAAGAUAAAUCGAGCCGGUUGACGGUCGACACGAUUUUUCUAUUAGCUCGCCUUUCUCGAUAUACCGCGUGUACGCGCUAUGUACGUAGAAUCUCGUACGGUGGCGCUCUACCAGUGGCGAAAAGAGAAAAUGGACAUAAGAAUAGGAGGGAGCGAGGCUGUAUUGUGGGGCAGGUCUGCUGUCGAUCAAAUUCGAAAGCGGGAAAUGUAUGGAAAAAAAAAAAGAAAAAAAGAAAAAAGGAAAAAAAGGAUGGUCGAGUGGGAACAGGUGGAAAGUGUGUGAUGAAGGAGGCGAGUGCGCGUUCAUCGGAAUGAGGUCGGACGAGUUUCCACUCGGUCACUUCAUCAACGCGGAGCCAACUAAACUGUCAAUCGCAAAACCACUACCGCGUCAAACCCUUUCGACGACAUCUAGAUUCUCGUCGAUAAACGCCAAGCCACUUGAGCCAUCGAUCCCUCCCGCCUCGAUUCGCGCUCCCGCGCUUCACACGACUUCUCGAAAAUUCGAUUCGCGCCACGACCGAUUAACUCCUCGCCUUUCCAUCAUGCACACGCGCAUGCGUGGAACGUGAUAAACCGAGAGAAACGCACGUUCCGUCGCUACGUAAUAUUUUCCUUCAUUUCACGCGUGAUUCUAGACCCAAAGAAAUCUUGACGAGUCCUUCUGUCUAAAAAAAAGAAAGAAAGAAAGAAAUAAAUAAAUAAAUAAAGAAAAAGUAGCCUUCUUCGAUCGAUGAUUCGUUCGUUAACAUCCGACUCCUCGGUUUAACGAUUGGAAACGAAAAAUAGAAAUUGUACAUUGUUGAAAAGGAAGAACUCUUCCUCGAGAAGAAGGUGGGCCAGAAGAAGAUGAAAGAGCCAGUAAAGACUUCUCUCUAGUAGAUAUAGAGAGGAACUGCUCGCGGUCAUUCUUCGCCGUAAUUACCGAACAGAUAAGAGAAUGAAACACGACGAAAAGAACGGAAAGCAAAGCUGUGGAGAGCGAGGUGGAGGAGGAGUGGAGAAGGAGGAGGAAGCCGAGCAAAGUGGUAAGAGAAAAAUCUUCUUCGGUCCUCUUCGAGAAUAAUGCACGCACCCAGGGGACCUGGCUUUCAGGAAAAUGCUGAUUGCUUCUCUCUCUUCAUCUCCACCGCCACGCCCCCCCUAUCACCUCUCCCUCCGUUAACUCUUCGCGAUUUCUACUAUCUCCGCCGAUUCUCUUCUUCUUCUUCGACCGUUCCUCUUUUUCUCGGCCUCUAUCCCUCUUUCCUUCUCUCUCUCUCUUUCUCUCCGUCGGUAUCUUAUCGAUACUGUUUCACUUGUUCUCUCAUCUCCAGGGACACCCGCAUAUCUAUCCGCAUAUAAAGACGGUUCUCUGCAACGAUAUAUGAAUUGUAUUGUGGAAAAUGGAAAUCUCGUAGAAUAUAUAUAUAUAUAUGUAUAUUCAUAUACGGAAUAUUGAGAAAUUUUGAGAAUGCAUGAGAAGAGAUUUUAGAUGCACGAUUGAAGCGAUUGGAUGAUCGAGGGAGAGAGAUAAUGAGUAAAUGCAAGGUCAGAAAGAUCGUAAACUAGCCAAAGGCUAUUUCUUGGGAUUAAAGACUUGGUUAAGAUUAAUCAAUAACACGGCUUGUUAAAGCCACGUUCCUCGGGCAUGAUUGCAGUUUGCAUUACUACGUUCUUUUGCAGAUUUGAAAAAUUGCCUCGUGUUGACUGAAUUUUUACCCGACUUUCGAUUAAUUAUAUCGAAUGGAAUUUUUUUUUUUCUAAAAUCUUAUUGUCAUUAUUAGAUAAUUUUUUUAAAUAACCAAGCUGCAGAAUACUGUUUCAAAUCUGUUUAAUCCAUUUUCUUCGUGUGUUCACCAAUACGCACGAUUUGAGUCGAGAUAUAAUCCUUCGAAAUUAUACGUCGUAUUAUUAUACCGACAAUCGUAUAAAUCACAUACGGACGAAACGGAUGAUGGAAAAGUGUGUACAUUAGAACGGGCGAAAGCCAAAUGAAGUUUAUCUCGAGGAAGCCAACCCUCUUGAAGGCGACUCUCGUCGUCACAGAUUCCAAUCUUCUCUCCAUUCUCUUCGUCAUCGGUGAUCUAUCGAUUGCACGAGUUUUCGCCGAGAUUCUCGUCGCCGUUCCCUCCCCCCCCCUCUCUCUCUCUCACUCUCUCUUUUGUCGACUCUUGUAAAAAUCGAGAAAGCGCCUUUUUAAUGAGGGGAGGAGGGGAGGUGAGGUAGGAAUCAUAGCCAGGUACCGCUUUGGACGGCCUUAAUGGUUUCCUAUUCACGAGAAGCGUGCGAAAAUUAGCCGAGCUAAAAGCAUCGGGUAAUCGAGUUAUUACGAAUAAAAGAGGAGCGGCAACGGCAUCGCCUGUAGAAUGGUUGCGCGAUAGUUGAUGCUAGAUACCGUUAAAAGCGGCCAAUUAAUGCCGUUAAUUCUAUAGCCCAACCAUCGAACGAUCCACCUUCGAAUCGUCGAUAAUCGUAUUUUAGGGUGGGCUAUAGUUCAUGCUGUUUAUUAUUAUAUGUGCCACCGUUAUAUAGCAUCAAUUUUCCGCUUCGUCCCGCCUUUCUUCUUCCUUCUUCCUCUCUCUUUAAUUAUCCUUUUUUUUUGCUUCAACGAUCACCGUAAUAUUAUGUGGCCAGCGAGAUCAACGCAAAUGUGUGAAAUAUAUCCUCGAUGUUCAUGUAUCAUCGAUGUUUCGCGAUCAGUGAAAUAGCCAUCUCCAAAGUGGUUGAAAAUUAUUUCUCGAACAAUCGCGAGUUGCGCAAAGGAGAGACUGGGACUAGAAAAUGCUUAGAAAAUACUGCAUCGUCCGAGGAAACGGGAGGGGCGAAUCACGGAGCGAGAAUGGGUGGGGGAGAAUGGAAUGGUUGGUUGCAACGAUGUCGAGAAUCGCGAAGAUUGGUCCUCGUGAUCGUCGCUAUUGCUCUACUUUUGGACAAUAUGCUCCUGACCACGGUCGUUCCAAUUAUACCAGAGUUUCUGUACGAUAUCAAGCAUCCGAAUGCAACGUUGAGCCAACAUUUCGAACAAAAUGGACGAGCAACGGUGACCACUGUUCAUCCAACGAGUAUCAAUAUCGUGACCUCCACGAGCCCGAGCGUGACCACCACGCCGAAAUGCCUCUGCACGUCGGCCAAGACCAAUGAAUCUCAAUUGGAAUUUCUUUACCCGAGCACACCGUCCACCGUCGAGUCGACAACGGGUUUGCUCGGGACAACGAGCAGUAGCGAAACGGGUUCAACGGCAGAAUCGGAAGAGAAACAACGACAUCGCGAGUUACUUCAAGAAACGGUCGCCGUUGGUAUAAUGUUCGCCUCGAAGGCGUUCGUUCAAUUGCUGGCAAAUCCGAUUGUCGGCCCCCUCACCCACAAGAUCGGUUACAGCAUACCCAUGUUCACCGGUUUUAUUAUUAUGUUCAUUUCCACUCUGAUAUUCGCGUUUGGCCGAAGUUACGGCAUUCUUUUCCUAGCAAGAGCGCUUCAAGGCGUUGGUUCGUCGUGCUCGAGCGUAUCUGGUAUGGGCAUGCUUGCUGAAAGAUAUCAAGAUGACAAAGAGCGUGGAAACGCAAUGGGUAUCGCGCUCGGUGGAUUGGCCCUUGGUGUUCUCAUCGGCCCACCAUUCGGCGGUGUAAUGUACGAAUUCGUUGGGAAAUCGGCACCGUUCUUGAUACUAUCCGCCUUGGCACUUGGUGAUGGAAUUUUACAACUUCUGGUGCUUCAACCGUCCGUCGUGUACACUGAAGCGGAUCCACCAUCGUUAAAAACACUAAUCACUGAUCCUUAUAUCGUUUUGGCUGCUGGUGCAAUAACAUUCGCCAAUAUGGGUAUCGCUAUGCUCGAGCCCAGUCUUCCAAUUUGGAUGAUGGAUACGAUGUGUGCAAGUAGAUGGGAACAAGGUGCUACGUUUCUGCCUGCAAGCAUUAGUUAUUUAAUUGGAACUAAUCUUUUUGGACCGCUUGGGCAUAGAAUGGGCAGGUGGUUAGCUUCAUUGAUCGGUCUCGUUGUGAUUGGCAUUUGCUUGAUGUGUAUACCUCUGGCUAGAAGUAUCAACCAUUUGAUCGUACCUAAUGCAGGCUUGGGAUUUGCCAUUGGUAUGGUGGACAGUUCGAUGAUGCCCCAAUUAGGAUAUUUAGUGGACAUACGACAUACUGCUGUUUAUGGAAGCGUGUAUGCCAUUGGAGACGUUGCGUUCUGCUUAGGUUUCGCAAUUGGGCCUGCUUUGAGUGGUACGUUAGUGAACAGCAUCGGUUUUGAAUGGAUGUUAUUUGGCAUUGCUAUUUUAAACUUUAUUUAUGCUCCAUUGAUGUACUUUUUACGAGCACCGCCAACGAAAGAAGAGAAAAAGUCAUUGAUAAUUGGUGAAAAGUCGUCUGUACGCUACGUGACGUAUCAGAACGAGGAGGAAGAACAAUAAUUGAAAGGAUGAUUUCGAAUACGCAGUCCAUUCCCUGCACUCUCGAGAUGGAACAACGAGAUUAACACGAUGAAAGAAUUCUAUGUCGAUAAUGUUUCCAAAAAUAAUAAUUAGACUAAAUAUUAUUUACUCCUUUGUUUAGCGCAAACUGUAUAUAUACACAUAGUAUGUAGUGAUUAGAUCGUAAGAAUAAGUGUGUGCGUUCAAAAAAUCGUAUGCGUCGAUGACGCAUUAGCUAACAGAUAUAUUGAUUGAUUGAUCGAGGCACCGAAGUAAAAAAUACAUUGAUAUAUCAUUCGAUCGUCAAAUACGUCGAAUUUUUAAUCAGAGUUGAGAUAUUGUCGACCUUUCAAUGAUCGUUAAUUUUUAUUUAUAAAAGGAGAAUCGCCUGCUUUGGAUUCCCUGAAUGGCUGCAGGGAAACCGCAAUAAUAAUAAUGAGCAGGUACGAUGAAGAGUUCUCCAAAUUCUUAAUAAUUAAAUCGAAUCAAAUAAAAAGUUUUAAAUAUUGUCAUGAUUGUUUUCUUCACUUGAAUAAUAAUCAUGGAGGAAGGCGAUGUCUCAACGAUUGGAAAUUCGCAGCUUUGUUUUUUAACGAGGAAGGGGAAAAAAGAAGAAAAAUUGAAUUUAGACACGUUCUUCGACGCGAUGCUUCAUAUUUGUCCGAUCAAUCCGAUAAUUUAUCGGAUUGAUCUUAUUAAUUCUUCGUGCUCUAUCAUCGCUUACUUGAAAGUAAAGCUGAAUGAAUAUUUCUUGAAUAUGAUCGGAUGUAUUCAAAGUAAAUAAACUGUAGUCAUUGAAGAAAGGAAUUGCUAAAACAUUCGACGAAUUUGCAAAUUACAAGAUAUUUUAUGCGAAUUCGCGGCGGAAAACUAAACAAUUUAUUUAUUUAUUUAUUCUUUUUUUAUAAAUGUAAUGCAUGUCAAGAUAAAUUCUUCUUGAAAGGGAACUAUGUAGAAACAAAACUCGUAUAUAUUCGACAACGCCGUUCUCUUUCUUCUUAAUAAUUCCAUAUAAUGCAUAAUGCAGAUAUAGAUCAUUUAGAAUAACACAAUGCAGUAAAUAGAAUAUAUAGAUAGAAUAUAUUUAUAGAAAUAAGUAAUGUUUACAUGUGUGUAUAUCGAUAUAAAGAUAUCUUCGUUGAUCAUUAUAUUUGUUGUUUCAUCGUGAAAAAUGCAUGAGAUUGUUAAGAAUAGAAAUUAUAUGGUAUGUUUAUGACUGUAUAAAGGAUCCUAAGCUAUUGUGAAUGGAUAUGGAGAAACAAAGGAACUAAUUGGAUUGUUAUAUUACAAUUGCCUAUUAUUAUAAAUCUAUGACGAUAAUAUUAUUCUAACAAAAAAAUUGAUUUUUAUCGUAUAAUAUUUUCUGAUGCAUGAAAUUAUUAUACUAUAUCUUUCUAAUAAUGUAAAACGAAUUCGAAUCUUCGCAGAUUCUGUACAUUCAUAUGUGUUAUUAUAUUAUUAUAAUAAUAUGUAUAAUAGAAAGAGAUAGUAUCAAAAAAGAUUAGUAUCAAAGUGAGAAAUAAAAAUUAGGUUAGAAUUUGCAUUAUUCAAAUUUGAAUAAAAUAAAAAAUAAUUAAAGAGAUAUAUAUAUAUAUAUUAUAAUGAAAAUAUAAUAAAAAUAUAGUUGACGAAGAACAGUUUUCUACCGCGAAUUCAGUGAAUUCUCGAGGUUGCGUUACGUUAUCACGCGAACGCCGACCUACUCCCGAUAAGAAACGCGAGUCAAUUCGAUUUGCAAAUUCAUCGCGAACGUUUGACACGAUCGAGCGUUCUUGAGAGAGAGAGAGAGAGAGAGAGAGAGAGAGAGAGAGAGAGAGAGAGAGAGAGAGAGAGAGAGAGAGAGAGAGAGAGAGAGAGAGAGAGAGAGAGAGAGAGAGAGAGAGGAAGAGGAGGAAAAAGAGGAGAAAUAGAACGAGGGCAUCGUAUUUGAAAAUGAAUCGAUUAAUGAUUUCGAUUUACAGAACCGAAUAUUAAAAAUUAAAAAAAAUUUCGUUAAGAAACGGCGAAAUCGUCAUCUCCGCAUCGAUAUGCAUAUAUAUAUCGGGUAUAAAUUUUCUGUAUUGAUAUUAAAAAUGCGAUAUUAUAUUCUCGUUAAAGAUUCUUUAUAUUUCUGUAAAUAUAAAAAAGACAUAUGUAUUUACAUAUGUAUUUAAGAAGAAAUUAUAACAGAGUGUAAUCAAAACUCGGCGUCAACUUCAUUGUUUAAUCGACAAUGAUAAUUUGCCAGCUUCUUUUUCAUUUUCAUUCUCUUUCUUUUUUUCUGCCACGCAUGAUAGAACCUCGAUCGUGAUGUAUAUAUCAUCUAUUUUAUCGAUGUAAUGAUAUCACGCUUUUACAACUUCUUGACCGUGCUCCGCGUCAAACGAAUAGAAAGAAAAAUCUUAGCGAUUAACUCGUCGAUAGCUGCUAUUGCAAACAGACAAUAAUCGAUAUAUCACGAGACGAAAGUUUCUUUAUAUGCAACGUUUAUUGUUAUUUAAUGAAACCUUCGUUUCGAUAAAUUACGUGUCCUUGAUCAAUCCAUUUAAAUUCGACAAAUUGUUCAAUAAGAGUUUCAUUCGACUUAAAAAGAAACCAGAACGAAGACGAAACUAGAACAACCGCAUAUGUAUAGGCAUAAUUUAACCUCGGAUAGGCAUUGCGCACAGGCACAACCCAUUAAACUUCUACAUUUCUUUCCUUUUAUUCUUUGUCGUUUUAACAUAUAUACAUACAUAUAUACAUAUAUAUGUUUAACCAGCUGGUGUAUGGGUCCGAUUUAAUCUGCCUGUGUAAUUGUUGAAAAACAGUAAGAUUCAAAAAGAAGAAAGGUAUUUUUUAUUCUCGAUAUUGUGUGUGCAUACUUGUGUGUGUGUGUACUUGCGUAACCUUGUACUAAAGUGCGUAAAAAAAGCAUGCAUUUAUAAAGGAAAAAUUAUGUGAGAGGGAGUUAGAAUAUGUACGCAUAUCGGAUCUGAAAAUCGUCUGAUUUUCGCCCAGUGGUAUUAAUAUUUGAACGCGAUGCUCCAAAACUUCGAAUUCUUAUCUCGUAAGAUCGCUGCGAACAAACUUUAUUUUAAUGAGUCGUAUUAUUCGACGUUACGUGUCGUUGAAAAAACCAUUAUAUGUUUACAUGUAUGUUGUUCAAUAACAUAUUUAAAUAAAUAUUUGCGUGUUUAACAUGAAAAAUUACUAUACAAUAUAUUAUCGUAUGUCUGGAAUAAUUAGAAUAAAGCAUUAAAAUUUCUUCGAUUUCCUAUCAUUAACCACGCAAUAUUCUUUUUUACUGUGAUAUAAUAGGUAUUUCAAUAUACACAUUAUAUACAUGUGUUGUGUACAAUAUAUAUACACAAUAUUUAAUUUAUUUAUUCUCUAGUGUAGAAAAAUAUUUUGUUAAAGAACACAUAUUAAUAUGAUCGAUUCCACGGAUAAAGUCAGAUUCUAUGUUAACAAAAAAAAAAAAAAAAAA